GCCGGACGAGGAGGAGUCACCGGAACGAAAAAUGGCGGCUGUGUUGCAGCAGAUACUUGAGCGGUCGGAGAUAUCGAAACUCCAAAAAACAGUUUUGACUAAAUUAGAGAAGUACAUUUCUGAGCAGCAAUGUGAAGUUGAUGACCUCAAGGCACAACAGGAGCAAUUUCGUGUGGAUAGCGAACAACAGUAUUUUGACAUCGAGAAAAAGUUCGCAGAGAGUCAGGCUCAGUUUGUGUCCCAGACUCAAGAACAUCAGAUCCUGAAAGAGGAGCACUAUAAAUUGGAGGAUGAGCUGAAAUGUUUAAGAGAGAACAAUAAGGAGCAAGCAGCUUCAUACGCCAAACUAGAAUCUAAACAGAAUGACCUUUCCAAAGCCAAAGAUGAGCUCGAAGCAGAAAAAAGAGAGCUGGUCCGUACACUGGAAAGAAGAUCUCAGGAGAUGGAACACCAAAGCGAGGACCUUAAGCGUCUUAAUGAUCGAUUGGUGGAAGUCAGUGCAGAAAAAAUGCAGCUUCAGCUCAAACUGGAGGAGUCAGAAACCUCUGAAGUUUCAAUCAAGUAUAAGGAAAAACGAAUGGAGCAGGAGAAAGAUCUACUCCAGUCUCAAGUGACCUGGCUGAACACUGAACUUAAAGCCAAAAGUGAAGAACUGCUGUCUCUGUCCCGGCAGAGAGGCAAUGAGAUCUUGGAGCUCCAGUGUAACCUUAAUAACAAGGAGGACGAGAUCACCCGCCUUCAAGAUCAGGUGACCAGUCUGAAGGCGUCCAAUGAGACCUUUCAGAAGCAAGCAGAGGAGAUGAUCAUUAAGAUGAGAGAGGCAAAAGAACAGCAAGCUGCUUUGGAAGAAAAGUUCAGUAAUGAGCUCAAUGCCAACAUUAAGCUCUCAAAUCUGUACAAGGGAGCAGCAGCUGAUGCUGAGGCCAAGAGUGAAGAGCUCAGCAGAGCCGUUGAUGAGCUUCAUAAGCUGCUUAAAGAGGCUGGAGAGGCACAUAAAGAUCUGGAAGUGAAGAUGGCAGAUCUGGAAAGUCAUAAGAAUAAGGAAAUUGCUGAACUUAAAGAGAAAAUAAGCAGCCAAGAAAAAGAGCUGGACAAUGCCAACGACCUGUUGUCUGACAGCAGACACAGAGGAGCUGCUUCAAUUCUUACAGAAGAGCAGGUGACCAUAAUGUCCCCCACUGCUGCUGCAGUUGCCAAAAUGAUCAAACCAGGCAUGAAACUCACAGAGAUCUAUACCGCAUACGUUGAGACCCAAGAGCAUUUACAGCGUGAAAAACUCGAGAACAAGCGACUGCACAAGUACCUGGAUGACAUUGUGCAGGAAAUGGAAGCAAAGGCUCCUAUACUGAAAAGACAGAGAGAAGAGUACGAGCGCAUGCAGAAAUCAGUUUCCAGUCUCUCUGCUAAAUUAGAGCAAGCUGUCACGGAGGUACAUCGCUUGCAAAAAGAAUCGGAUGAAAGCAACAAGCGUGCAUCAGUUUUGGAAAGAGAUAACCAGAGGUUUGAGGUUCAGCUGGCUGACAUGGCUCAACAGGUGCGAGUUCUUCUCGUUGAGCUGGAGGAAGCACGUGGUAACCAUGUUAUGCGGGAGGAUGAUGAUGUGGGUUCGGCAGAUGUGAGCAGCACAUCGGAGGUUAUUUCUCAGCACCUGGUCACUUUCCGUAGCGUUGAAGAGCUGCAGCAGCAGAACCAGCGACUCCUAGUGGCGCUCAGAGACCUUAGUGAGGAAAAGGAGAAGGAUGAAUUGGAGGGAGACACCAUGAAACGCAGUGAAGUGGAAAAAUAUCUCGAGGAGCUUCAGCGAGAGUUGGAGCAGCUGAAGGAAAAGAGAACUCAAGAUCUGCAGAAGGUUGACACUGUGGCACGGCAGAGGGACAUGUUCCGCAUGCUUCUGACUCAGACUACUGGGGUCACUUUCCCGCAGGGUGCUGGAGCUGAGGAGCUUAUGCUGACCUCUACGCCCCGUCGUUCUCCAGCCGUUACACCCACCACUGGCACCCCUACAGCACUGGUUGCCACAGCCAUAGAAUCCACUGAGUCAGUUGAGGCCAAGGCUGCACUGAAGCAGCUUCAGGAGGUCUUUGUGGCCUAUAAGAAAGAGAAAAUUGAGUCUGAAAAGGCACAAAUUGAGCAAAAUGAGAAACUGCAGGAUCAAGUUACCGAACUUCGCUCGGAGAACAUGAAGAUCUCCACACAGCUAGAGUUCACGUCCAAAAGAUAUGAGAUGCUCCAGGAUAAUGUUGAGGGCUAUCGUAAGGAUAUUGCCUCUCUGAAUGAGAAGCUUCAGAAACAGGCUGCAGCAAUUCAGCAGAGUGAACAAACCACACACACCCUCACACAGGACCUACAAGCAGCAGCUGAGAAGCUCUCCAUUGCUGAGUCUGAAUUGGAGAACCUGCGUAAAGAGAGGGACAUGUUGAAGCUAGUUGAGAUCAGGCUGACCCAGGAGAAAGAGUCCUUCCAGGCCCAACAGCUUGGCCAAAAUAUGCUGCUGACCAACCUCAAAUCAAUACAGACUACUCUAGAGCGCUCUGAGACGGAGACAAGACAACGGCUGACUGCUCAGAUUGAAAAGCAGGAGAGAGAGAUCACCCAGCUCCAGAAGAGACUUGAGAAUGAGGUGGAGCAGAAGCACCUGCUGGCACGGAAUCAAGAUGUGCAGCUGAUGGACACUAAGAAGCAGCUGGAAGCACAGAUUGCUCAGCACCACAAGACGAAAGAACAGCUCAGUGCUGCACAGCUUGAGUUAACCAACUUGAGAUUGCAGUUGAAUAGCGGGGAGAGCCGGCUGGCGUCCGCUGCAGUACAUACAGGUCUGCAGGGCAGUGAGAGGGACAUGGAGGUUCUGCGUGCCCAGAUAAGGCAGACUGAGAACAGAAUUGAAGAACUGACAGAGCGACUUAAAAACACUACUGCCAGUAUGGAGCAAUACAAGGCUAUGAGUCUUAGCCUGGAGGAGUCUCUAGAUAAGGAGAAGCAGGUAACUGAGCAAGUUCGUUCAUCUGUAGAAAACCAAGUGGAGGCAGCUCAGGAGCAGUAUAAACGGCUAGAGCAGAAACUGCUGGAAAUGGACAAGGAGAAACAGAACUUGCUGGAAGAGAAAAACAAAGCUGUUGCUGCUGUAGAGCAAGAGCUAACGGAGCUGAGAAAGUCUCUCAGCAGUGUGCAGGCAGAGCUCCAGAGUGCCCAGGAGAAAGCAGCUGUGGCUGCGGCACAGGAGCAGCAGGCCUUACUGGAUGGUCAGGAGCAGGCUAAGAUGGCAGCUGAGGCACAAGAUAAAUAUGAGAGGGAGAUGUUACUGCAUGCGGCAGAUGUGGAGGCACUGCAGGCUGCCAAAGCUCAGGCUCAACAGGCUUCUCUUGUCAGACAGCAGCUGGAGGAGAAAGUACAGAUCACCAGCGCUCAACUGCUAGAGGCUCGUGUGUCAUGGGAGGAACAAGAGAAGAUUCUUAAGGAGGAGCAGUGUAAGAUCCAGUCCCGCUGUGAAAAUCUGCAGAGGCAGAACAAACUCCUCCAUGAGCAGAUCCAGACUCUGAGUGGACAGAUGGCAAGUCAGCUGAAGCGAGCCACCACUGAGAGUCCACUCAACGUCUCCCUGACUGAAGAAGGAAAGUCUCAGGAGCAACUUCUUGAAAUACUCAGAUUUGUGCGCAGAGAGAAGGAGAUCGCAGAGUCUCGGUUCGAGGUUGUCCAGGGGGAGAGUCUGAGGCACAGGCUCAGAGUGGAGCAUCUGGAGAGAGAGCUGAAGGAUAUGCAAGAGAGUCUAAAUGCAGAGAGAGAGAGGAUGCAGGUGACUGCAAAGACUCUAGCCCAGCACGAUGAGCUGAUGAAGAAAACUGAGACCAUGAAUGUCCUGAUGGAGACCAAUAAGAUGCUGAGAGAGGAGAAGGAAAAACUGGAGAAGGAGUUGCAGGAUACUCAAGCCAAGAUACGUAAACUAGAGUCCGACAUCAUGCCGGUGCAGGAGUCCAAUUCAGAGCUGAGUGAGAAGAGUGGCAUGCUUCAGGCAGAGAAGAAACUUCUGGAAGAAGACAUCAAACGCUGGAAAGCUCGCACUCAGCACCUGGUGAGCCAGCAAAAAGACACUGACCCGGAAGAGUACAAGCGUCUGCACUCUGAGCGGGAAGCACAUCUUAAACGCAUCCAGCAACUUGUUGAAGAAACCGGCCGACUAAAAGCUGAUGCUGCCAGGAGCAGUGGCUCUUUGACUACUCUGCAGUCUCAAGUGCAGAACCUAAGGGAGAACCUCGGAAAGGUGAUGGUGGAGAGGGACAACCUGAAGAAAGACCAGGAGGCCAAAAUACUGGACAUCCAGGAGAAAAUAAAAACCAUCACACAAGUUAAAAAAAUUGGUCGUCGGUAUAAAACACAAUAUGAGGAGCUCAAGGUUGAAUAUGAAAAGUUGGUAGCAGCGGCGGCAUCUGCACCAGCCCAGGAUCAGGAGGCACAGCAGGCAUCAGCUCAAGAACUUCAGAAUCUUAAAGAGUCCCUCAAUCAAUCAGAGACCAGGAUAAGAGAACUGGAAGGCCAACUAGAGAAUCUCAAUAGAACUGUAGGAGAGCGAGAAAUGGAGGCCCGCAGUGCGCAGGAACAAGCCUCUCGUUUGCAGACAGAGUUAACGCGUCUCAGACAAGAGCUUCAGGAGAAAUCAUCUCAGGAGGAGCGUCUCAAACAGCAGCUGACUGAAAAGGAGGAGAGGACCAAGAAGGCCAUAUUAUUGGCCAAGCAGAAGAUCAGUCAACUUACUGGUAUAAAAGGACAGUUUCAGAAGGAGAACGAGGAGCUGAAGCAACAAAAAGAGGAGUUGGAAGUGCGUGUGAGUGCGCUGAAGUCUCAGUAUGAGGGGCGUCUGAGCAGACAGGAAAGGGAGCUACGAGACCUUCGCGAACAGCAGGAGAGACAUGGAGAACAGAGGGAUGAACCACAAGAGCAGGGCUCCAGCAAGACCCAGGAACCACAAAGGACAACAGAACAGCGACAGAUUUCUCUGAAGACAACCCCAGCGGCAGAAAGAGGAAGUGCUAGCACUUCUGAGCCCCCAACAGCCAACAUAAAGCCCACACCUCUGGCAGCAACCCCCAGCAAGCCUCAAGUCAUUCCUGGAAACAAAUCCACUCCAAGAGCCAGCAUCAAACCCAUGAUCACUCCUGCCCCGGUGCCCACUCCUACACCCACUGCCACAGUCAUGCCCACCACACAGGUGGAAAGCCAAGAGCCCAUGCAGUCCUCAGAGUCCCCAUUGGAGCAUGUGACUGUGUAUGGCAGUGCCAGUGGUUCAGUAAGGUCCACGAGCCCUAAUGUUCAGACCACCCUGGCUCAGCCUCUGCUGAACGUUCAACAGCAGAACCAAGCUACUGCAUUCAUCCAGCCCACCCAACAACAAACCCAACCCCCUGCUGAACCCUCCAAUCAGGAGCCCCCAGCUGCUCUAAUGCUGCCAACCUCACAGUUAGAUAGGCCUCUUUCUACAUCCACAGGGCUCUGGAGCGCCACCCCUAGCACAAGCAGUGCCAGUGCAGUUUCUGCAUCUCCUGGUAGUGCCUUAAGCAAGCGCCCCCGUGAAGAGGAACAAGAGAGCAUGUCUGCUGACACACAGUCCCAAGAUGAGCCCAAUGACUCUCCCACUUGCAAAAGGCUCCGAAUCCAUAGAGUGGGGUUGGAGGAAGAGAUGUUGGCUGAGGACAGCACUGAGGCUGAAAGCGUUGUACCGGGUGAGAUCCAGGAGGCUCCUGAUGCUGGACAGGAGCUGGAGAACUACUCUACUCUGGAAGAAAUGGAUGAGGAACCAGGACCAUCUCAGUCUGUCCCUGGAGAUCGAAUGCUGCCCCAUCCAUCUGAGACCCAUCGAAGCCCAGAGGAGCCCGAUCACCACGUCAUAGUCAUUGUUAGUGACACCGAGAGCGAAGGAGAACAGGAAGAGGAGUCUGAGGAGGAGGAGGAGGAAGAGGAAGAAGAGCAGGAUUAUGAGGAGGAGGAUGAGGAAGAGGAGGAAGAAGAUGAUGAUGAUGAUGAAGAGGAUGGAGGGAUUGGGGAAGAGGGAGAUGAAAGCAAUGAGGAGAGUAGAGACGACAAUGAGGCCUACGAAGGAGAUGACACAGAGGGCCCUGAUCCCACUGAUCCGGGCACUGAGACAGAAGAAAGUCUUGGAGCGACAGACUCCACUCAGCGCAUGGCAGAUUCCCAGAGCUUUGAAUCGAACACAUUGGAAAUGUUUGAAGUCCCCGUCACCAGCUCCGCCCCUCGACCUCCACAAUCCCCCAGAAGGCCUCAGCAUCCUCUGCCACCUCGGCUAAACAUUUUGGCUGCUCCUGCUCAGGAACUCGGGCCUCCUGCUCAAGUACAGCGUCUUCCAGCUCGCCGGCAGUCAGUGGGACGAGGCCUUCAGCUUGCUUCUGGAAUGGCCAGUAGUGCACCUUUCUUUGAGGAUGAUGACAGGAUGGUUCCCAGCACUCCUACACUUCCUCUUCGCUCUGAUGGAUUUGCAGAAGCCAUACAUUCUCCACAGGUGGCAGGUGUACCACGCUUUCGAUUCGGGCUUUUAGAUGAGCUCCCGCAGACCAGCUCCUCUCACUCAGACCUCAGUCAGCUGCCCUCACAAGGUUUAGGCAUGUAUGAGAGCUCUGUUUUUUUGGGAUCUCAUGAGGAUGAGUCAGGGGGACGCAGUGUACCCACAACCCCUCUGCAGAUCAGCGCUCCUGUGACAAUUCUCUCAGAGGCUGCUGUAUCUGAAGCGAGUGAACAUGCUUCUCAGUCUGUGCCGAUGGUGAGCACCUCUACCCCAGGCCUCAGUGCUCCAGCAGUGGAGGAGAGAGACGACAUGUUCCUGGAUGCAGGAGACAGUGCUGAAGCUUCACUUGAGGCCGUGUCUCAGACUGAGGCAGAAGAAGCAGCGCAGCCUUCAGAUGAUGCAAAUCUGCCUUCAACAAGCCAGGAACCAUCAUCUAGUUCAGCAGACACAAGCAGCUCUCAGCCUCCUAAAGCCAGGAGCGGCUCUGGCAGACAGUGGACUGGUAGUCGAGGUUCUAGAAGCAUUGUGAAGAGGGAUGGACUGAGUGUUAUGGGUGUGAGAGGACGCUUUGCCAGAUGAAGCAAAAUCCCAGCAGUCUUCAUUCUAGUCUUCAUCCUGAACUAUUGGCUCCACAAGAACAGCUGUGCUUUAUUCUGCUUCAGGACUUCAAGUCAGUGUAUUAUAGCUGUCGUUUGUUAGUUGUAUGCUCUGAGCAAUCCAUUGUUGUUAUUUUUAAUGAUUCUACAUCCAUAAAAUAAAUUGUUUUGAAGAA